ACGACUCGAGCGCCCCCUCCCCCCCCCGAAAAGUAGCCAAGGCGCACUGGCGCACCGCGUUUCUUUCUGCGCGAGCUCCGGCAUAUCCUCGCCCGCGUAAGCACAGACAGCCCUGACGGCCAUCAGUCGACCCCCACACGCCGCCCGCCUAGUUUGAUCCAUACAUAUAUCCGAGCCCCCCAUCCGUCCCCCUUCCCCCCAAACUUUCCCCUCCGGUCACAUGCAAUCCAACUCUGCCUCGACAGGUUUCGCCAACCUGCUCAACCCCGAAACAGCCUCCCAGAACCAACAGCAACAACAACCACCACCUACCUCUGCACCCACCGCCUCUAUGGCCGCUGCCACCGUCAGCCUCAUGGCGCCUCUUCUCCAGAACGCCCCGCAACAGACAGAGGAGCCCCGACAGGAUCUUCCUAGGCCUUACAAGUGCCCUCUCUGCGACAAGGCCUUCCACCGUCUGGAGCACCAGACUCGCCACAUUCGAACCCACACUGGAGAGAAGCCACACGCCUGCACUUUCCCUGGAUGCACAAAGAGAUUUUCUCGCUCUGACGAACUCACUCGACACUCCAGGAUACACAACAAUCCAAACUCGCGGCGAGGCAAAGGCCAGCAACAUGCCGCUGCCCACCAAGCUGCCGUUGCCGCUGUACAGGCGGGUCUCAUGGAGCCCGGAUCUAACCUUGCACAUAUGAUGCCUCCUCCAACAAAGCCCAUUUCUCGCAGCGCACCAGGCUCUCAACUAGGCUCUCCCAACGUCUCGCCACCCCACUCCUUCUCAAACUACUCUCCUGGUAUGAGCAACGACCUGGCCGCAUACCACCAGGGCGGUCUGAGCAACAGCAGCAGCCCCAGCGGUCUUGCUCGCCCCAUGGAUCUCCUUGCCGAUGCUGCGUCAAGACUGGAGCAACGUCCUGGACACAUGCCCCACUCGAGCAGACAUCACCUUACCAGCGGGUACCACCCUUAUGCCAACCGACUGCCAGGCCUCUCUCAAUAUGCCUACUCAUCGCAGCCCAUGUCAAGAUCGCAUUCACACGAGGAUGACGACCCGUACUCGCACAGGAUGACAAAGAAGUCGAGACCAGGCUCUCCGUCGUCGACUGCCCCGCCAUCACCAACAUUUUCGCAUGAUUCUUGCAGCCCGACUCCAGACCACACGCCUCUCGCAACCCCUGCACACUCGCCAAGAUUACGGCCCCACGGCUUCAGUGAUCUCCAGCUACCACAUCUACGUCAUCUCAGCCUCAACCAAAACUUUGUGCCAGCGCUUGCGCCCAUGGAGCCGUCGACGGAGCGUGACCAACCGUACGUGCCGAGCCAGUCGUCGGGACUUCGUAUUGGGGACAUUAUUUCCAAGCCAGAGGGUGCGCAGCGCAAAUUGCCGGUUCCGCAAGUACCCAAGGUUGCGGUGCAAGAUCUGCUCAAUGGCCCGAGCAACAGCGGCUUCUCUUCCGGUAAUAACUCCGCAACGGCGUCAUUAGCCGGUGAAGACCUCUCGAAUCGCAACUAAACCCACUCUCAACUCCAACUAGCAUGGCAUCGGCGUUUUCGGUCAGCAUUCUCUGCUUUUCACUUUUUUUUCCCCACCUCUCUUGCAUUUCAUCAUUUUUUCACGGUCAGCAAGCGAUGAGAUUAAUUAGACAAGGGCGCACACACACAAGACCCUUUUUGUAGGGUGGAGCCUGUGGCAUAUUACGAUUUCCCUAACACCACGGGCAAAUAGACAUUUCUUUUGUAGCUUAUCUACUUGUACUUGUUCUACCUAUUUUCUUCUUCUACUUCAUCUUGUUCACU